AUGGCUCCAUCCGCCGUCGCCUCGGCCGCCCACUCGAUGGUCGACUCGAUCAAGGCUGCAGUAAAGAUGCCCGAGGCUCGAUCUGCCGCCCCUACUACUGCCUCGUCCGACGGUCUCGGACACGUGCCCAUCAUUGACCUAUACUCGGGCACCGCCGAUAGCCUCUCGCCCGAAUCGGCCAAGGACAAGCUCAGGCAAGACAUCCUCGCCGGCCUCCGGGGCCUCGAUCAGCCCAUGAUCCCCGGCAAGGAAAACGACGCCGAGGACCGCAGCUUCGCCUACAGGCGCACCCUGCCCACCGUUAUCCUCUACGAUGAGCAGGGCCUCCUCCUCUACGACAAGCUCACCACCGCGCCCGAGUACUACCUCUACAACGCCGAGCUCGAGGUGUUGCGCGAGUUUGGACCCGAGAUUGCUCGCCGCAUCUUCGGCUACCACACCCUGCCCGCUUCUCGGCCUAUCCCAGAGUCCCCCAAGAAAGACGAGCGGCAGGAAGAGCCGCGCAAAGACGAUGGCGGAGGGCGCACGCCCAGCAACGCGGGCCUCGCCAACGGCCACAAGGAAAAGUGGGGUGACCAGAGCGUGGGCAAGUUCAACGGCGGCGUCAACGCCGAAGAGGGCCUCGACGGUGACCGCGCCGUCGGAGCCGGAUCCCUCGUCGAGCUCGGAGCGGGCUCGCUCCGCAAGACGAUCCACCUCAUCCGAGCCCUGGAGCUGCUGCCCCCGACCGCACGGGGCCCCAGCGUCAACUACUACGCCCUCGAUCUCGACAAGGCCGAGCUCAACCGCACCUUGGACGAGCUCAGGACCAAGGAGGCUCGACAGGGCGACGAAGGAGGCUGGACCGUCCUCGACGGCAAGGUGGCGCUCCACGGCAUGUGGGCCGACUACGACGCCGGCCUCGAUUUCAUCGGCCGGGGAGGCCUGGCCAAGACCCCCGGCGGCGACGAGGACGGCGGCACCGAGGGCCCGCGCUGCCUCAUGUGGCUGGGCUCCAGCAUUGGCAACUUCGACCGCAAGUCGGCCGCCGACUUUCUCUCCAAGACUGCCGCCAACAGCAUGCGGCCGCAGGACACGAUGCUCAUCUCGAUGGACCGUCGCAACAAGCCUGCCGACGUGGCGCUGGCCUACAACGACCCGGCCGGCCUCACCCGCGACUUUAUCAUGAACGGCAUCGAGCAUGCCGACCGCGUCCUCGGCGGCGGUGUGCUGGACAGGGCCAAGUUCGAGUACCACGACCGCUACAACAGCCGCGAGGGUCGCCACGAGUCCUACUACCGCUCCAAGGUGGAUCAGGAGAUCGCGGUGCCCGGCCACGAGGGCGAGCCGAUCCGCAUCGCCGCUGGUGAGCUGAUCCACAUGGAGAGCAGCUACAAGUACAGCGAGCGCGAGGCUCUCGACCUCUUCGACUACUCGGGACUGCGGGUCGUCCAGAAAUGGACCGAUCGCUCGGGACGCUACGACGUCUGGCUGGUCGAGAAGCCGCAGUUCCACUUUUCGAACUCGCGUGGCGCCCAGGCGGAUGCCGGCGUAGCGGCCUCCGUCAACGGCGACGUCAACGGCGAACGGGCCGGAUUCACGACCGACGACGGCUGGGCCAACAGCGGCGUCGACCAGCACGCCCAGCGUGCGGCGCUGCUGGGCUUGCCCGGGCCAAGGGACUGGGCGGUGAUGUGGGAGGCCUGGGAUACGGUAACGCUCAGCAUGAUCCCGCCCUCGAUGCUUCACGAGAAGCCGAUCGACCUGCGUCACAUCUGCCUCUUCUACCUCGGCCACAUCCCCGCCUUCCUCGACAUCCACGUCUCGAGGCACCUCGACGAGCCACACACCAAUGAGCGCUAUUCGUCAAUCUUUGAACGCGGCAUCGACCCUCACAUGGACGACGAGACGCAGUGCAACCCGCACAGCGAGGUGCCGACACGCCCAGAGGAUUGGCCCACGCUCCAGGAGAUCCUCGAGUACAAGGCCAAGGUGGCGGCGCGGGUGCAGCGGAUCUACGACGGCGUGGCGGCCGGCACAGUGCAGAUGGACCGCAGGCUCGCGCGCAUGCUGUGGAUGACGCUGGAGCACAUCGCCCUCCACCUCGAGACGCUUCUGUACAUGCUGAGCCAGAGCAGCAGCACCCUGCCGCCCGCCGGCUUCAUCAAGCCGGACUGGGCCACGCUGAAGCGCGACUGGGACAACGACUACAGGCGCCGAGGCGGCGACCGUGCUCUGCAGCAGCUCAUCAAGUUCGAGGCUGGCUCCGUCAUCCUGGGCCACGACGACGACGACAGCCAGGACUUUGACAUCAAGGCGACGCGGCCCACGUCGGACAUUGCCGACCUCAAUGCGCAGCUGGGCAACCCCGAGUUCGGCUGGGACAACGAGCACCCUCGUCGCAAGGUCGAGACGGGCGCGUUCAAGAUUUCGGCCAUGCCCAUCACCAAUGGCCAGUUCGCAGAGUUCCUUUCGGCCACAGGAAGCGCGGACGCACCGGCGUCGUGGGUCGAGGUGCCCGGUCGGCCGGACCGCCAUGUCCGCACAGUCUACGGGCCGGUGGAGAUGGACGUCGCAAAGCACUGGCCCGUCCAGGCGUCGGGAGCCCAGCUGGCCGCGUAUGCCAGGUGGAAGGGAGGCAGGCUGCCCACGCAGCCCGAACUGCGGAGGUUCCUAGACGCGCCUCCCGAAGCGCUGGUGCUCGACCUGACCGUGCCGCCGUUUGGUGCGGACGCCGAGGCCGCGGAUGACGCCAGCGUCAUUGACCCGCCGGGCAAGCAGCCGCCCCCCGCACGCGGCUCGGCCGUCAAGUACGUGCCCAGGGAACAGCAGUCCGACGAGGACCUCAAAUGGAUGGCGGUGGCGCUGACAAUGGCGCAAGAGGCAGCCGACGCCAAAGAAGUGCCGGUCGGAGGGGUCUUUGUUCGCAACGGCGAGAUCAUCGUCAAGGCCCGCAACCGCACCAACGAGCUGAUGGACGCGACUCGCCACGCCGAGCUCGAGGCGAUCGACUACAUCCUCUCCACUCACCCCCCCAAGAGCGACGACUUUCCCGUCGAUCCCCACUCGUGCCUCCCCGGGGACAACCCGUUCAAGGACACGACGCUCUACGUGACCAUUGAGCCGUGCCUCAUGUGCGGCGCCGCCCUCCGCCAGGUCGGCAUCCAGCGCGUCGUGUUCGGCGCCGGCAACGAGCGGUUCGGGGGCAACGGCAGCGUGCUGGGCCUGCACGACGACGAUGCGCUGGUCAGCUCGCCCGGAUACGAGUCAGUGGGCGGCUACUACCGCGACGAGGCCAUCAUGAUGCUGCGCCGCUUCUACAUCACCGAGAACCAGAACGCGCCCAAGCCGCAGAGCAAGGCUCGCCGCCUGCUCAAGACCGAGAUCCAGCCGCCGGGCAUCUCGAUGCACGGGCCCGGUGUCGCGGCGGCGGCGCAGCAGCAGCAGCAGGACGGACAGAACGGCAGCCUGCCCACCUCCGCCACAAGCACGCCUUCCCCGAGACCUGGCAACGGGCGGCGAGGCUCGCAGAAUCCGACGCAGGCGCAGGCGGCCCCGUGUGCCAACGUUGGUUUCCGCAACUGGCACCCGGUGCCGGCUUCGCUCCCGCGCUACGACUCGGACGGCACGCUGCUGCCCGGCCAUAACGGCGGCGUGUGGGAGUGGACCAGCACGCCCUUUAUGGGCUUCGACGGGUUCCGCCCCGCUGCCCUCUACCCAGGCUACAGCGCCGACUUCUUUGAUGGCAAGCACAGCGUCGUACUCGGCGGCAGCUGGGCCACGGUCCCCUCGGUCGCUGGCCGUCGCUCGGUGGUCAACACCUACCAGACCACGUACCCGUACAUCUUUGGCGGCGCCCGCGUCGUCUUUGACGAGUAG